GCCGGGGAGGGACUUCACACAUGUGGAAAACGAAUAACCAUUGCGCUUGGCUGCUCCUCUCUCUGCUCGGGGGGCUUUUCUGGGACAGCACAAAUCUGCGCUUGCGGGAAGACACCUGCACCCCCUUAGAUUUAGUAUUUCCCAGAGUUGAGGCUCGAGUAUUAAAGUUGUAGCGUGCAGUUAUUUUCGCCGGAGUUGUAAUCAUGUUAGGCAGCGGAAAGUCGGCGGCUCCAAGUCCCAGGGAGCAGAAGAGUAAAGGGGACGAGAAGACGAUGGACCCCAUCAGGAGGCUCGGGUUGCUGGAGAAUGACGACAUACGUUUGAUGAUGCAGGGCUCCAACAUGACGAAAGUUCGCUCCUCGAGGUGGCAGAAGAGCCGAAACCUGCGGCUGCUGGAAGAUGGACUCACUGUGUGGUGUGAAUCCACCAAGAGCUCUCGUAAAGCCAAAGCCCAGCAGACGUUUGCAGUGACAGAGGUGGAGUGUGUGCGUGAGGGCUGCCAGUCCGAGGCGCUGAGGGCGCUGUCUGGGUCGGUGCCGGACAGCCAGUGCUUCACAGUGGUCUUCAGAGGAGCCAGGAAGAGCCUGGACCUGCUGUGCCCAUGCGAGGAUGAGGCUCGGCGCUGGGUGCGAGGGCUCCGCACUUUAAAGGAGCACGUGGCCAACAUGAGUCAGAAGCAAAAACUGGACCACUGGAUCCGAGGCUACCUGAAGCGAGCGGACCAGAACCAGGACGGCAAGAUGAGCUACGACGAGGUCAAACGGCUGCUCCAGAUGAUCAACAUUGACCUGAGUGAGCAGUAUGCCCGCUGUUUAUUCAAGAGGUGCGACCGAUCUGGUGAUAAUCGCCUGGAUCAUACAGAGAUCGAGGAGUUCUGCAGGGAGCUGCUGCGACGGCCCGAGCUGGACGCUGUGUUCAGACACUAUUCAAGUAAUGGUUGUGUGCUCGCCACCGCUGAGCUGCGAGACUUCCUGGGAGACCAAGGAGAAGACGCCUCUCUGAGUCAUGCUCAGAGUCUCAUACUCACCUAUGAGCUCAACGACUGGGCUCAGAAGAACCAGUUCAUGACCCAGAAUGGUUUCACCAUGUACAUGCUGUCCGUGGAGAAUGAUGUGGUUAACCCUGACCAUGCCAGAGUCUACCAGGACAUGAGCCACCCUUUGGCCCACUACUUCAUCUCCUCUUCACACAACACUUACCUUACCAAGGACCAAGUCACCAGCGCCAGCAGCACCGAGCCAUACAUCAGGGCUCUGAAUCAGGGCUGUCGCUGUGUGGAGCUGGACUGCUGGGAUGGAGAUAAAGGUGAACCUGUCAUCUACCAUGGCCACACUCUCACCUCCAAAGUGCCCUUCAAGGAGGUCAUCGAAACCAUCAACCAGUACGCCUUCAAGGCGUCCCCAUACCCUUUAAUCCUGUCCUUGGAGAACCACUGUUCUGUGGAGCAGCAGGCUGUUAUGGCCAAACACCUCCGCACCAUCCUGGGCAGCAAACUGCUCACCCAACCACUUCGUGCCCAGUCGCAAAAGGAUCUGCCUUCUCCUGAGGAGCUGAAGGGGCGCAUUCUGAUAAAAGGGAAGAAGCACAAUCCCCACCUGGGCCAGCUGGGCAAGAAUGGAAGCUGUGCCAGCUUCUCCUCAAGCUCCGAAGAUGAAUUUGCAAGCAGCAAUAAGAACACACCUAAGAAGGAUCCAGCAAAGGUCUGUCCUAAACUGAGCCCAGAGCUAUCAGAGCUGGUGGUGUACUGCACAAGUGUCCCCUUCCGCGGGUUUGAAAAUGCAUCUGAAAAACCUCCAAAUGAAAUGUCCUCCUUUUCCGAAAGUGAAGCCCUCAGGCUCAUCAAAGACUCGGGGAAGCUUUUUGUGAGACACAACAGCAGGCAGCUGAGCCGGAUCUACCCCUCCGGCCAGCGCCUCCAAUCAUCCAACUAUGAUCCUCAGGAAAUGUGGAACGGUGGCUGCCAGAUGGUGGCUCUGAACUUCCAGACCCCCGGGGAGCAAAUGGACCUGAACCAAGGUCGCUUCCUCCCCAAUGGUCGCUGUGGAUACAUUCUUAAACCAGACUUCCUGUGCAGCCUCACGUCCAACUUUAACCCUGAGAACACGGGCGGAGGCCCCGGUCACAUCCCCACCCAGCUAACAAUACGAAUAAUAUCUGCACAGCAGCUGCCAAAAAUCAACACAGAGAAGGCCAGCUCCAUUGUGGACCCGCAGGUGGUGGUGGAAAUUCAUGGCGUAUCUAUUGAUAAUGCAAAGCAAAAAACCCACCGCAUUGACAACAAUGGUUUCAACCCGCGAUGGGACUGCACGCUGAGCUUCCAGCUGCAGGUCCCUGAACUGGUCCUGGUGCGCUUUGUAGUGGAGGACCAUGAUCACACUGCCAAAAAUGACUUUGUGGGGCAGUUCACUUUACCUUUUACAAGCCUACGAACAGGUUAUCGCCAUGUUCAUUUAUUAAAGGCAGAUGGUUCCAGUCUUUCCCCCGGCACGCUCUUCAUCCAUGUCAAAGUGACCCGCAGAGGAGUUCCCAUCAAAACCGUGUCCGAGCGCAUGGCCAUUGCCAAAGGCAAGGCAUGACGGGCAUCUGAACUAAACGGAAAGCUGCAUUUUCUGACAACAAAGGACUUUGGAAAAGGAGCUCUGAAUGUGAGCAGAAAGAGACGGCUGCUGCUGCCAGCCCGUCUCACAGCCCAGACCUCAAGUGGUCCAAUUUACACUGAGCCACUUCCCAAUGCAGGAGGAAAGAUGUCGUUUAUCAGAGAUGAAGAAGAGUGCUGGCUCUUAGCAAAUGAAUUGCCUCGGGCCGGAUAAUGAGUCCAUGAUACACUGUGGGAGUAUCUGGUCUUGUCAGCUCUGAGUGCUCUGGAAACAGGGCACUGUGGAUUGCGGUUCAUGAAAUACACCAAUUUGGGACUCGUUACCAAAUUAAUUUCAGUGUUUUUAUCUCUCAUGUGUAGGCGGUUAUCGACUGAGUCAAGAUGUGUCAUUUCAUCCUUUUGUAUUUUUGAUUUUAGAAAUAUUCUAAGAUUUUUCCAUUAAGUAUUUGGCCUGACCUAAAGACUGAGGAUUGUAUAACAAAACAAUAACUAUAAUGAUAAUAAUAAUAGUACUUACUUAACUAAGGCUGUCUCAUAAGUGCUAUUAGUAGGAUUUCAAGCAUGUAUAUCAAAAAAUGACAAAUAUUAUUGUUUUGUAUUAUUGUUUCAGCACUCAUCGUGAUGUAAUACAACUUAAAUAGUGUUUUGUAGUUUGUCCACGAAGGUUUAAUACAUAAUGAGAGCCUUUUAUUUCAGUUAGUCUUAUUAUAUACUCCUGGCACUUUUCAUUUCUCUCAGGAGAGAGAGAUUUUAUGACAGUAUAUUUCCACAACUUACAAAUGAACUUGAAAUAUAAACAGUAUUAACUUGCCGAUUGAUAUUUACUUAUACUCUUAAAAUUUCAAAUCUUAUUUCAAUUUUGCAUUUCCAUGUGAAGUUUUUAUGUGUUUGAAUAUUAAUGAUACUUACUUGAAGGCUCCUUUGCCUCUUUUCUAUUUUGUGUAAUUAUGUUUGUUGCCAACUCUUGUCCUUACCUUCACAUCUAGAAAAGUGUGGUUAAACACUAAUUGCAACAAUUUAAUACAACCACCAAUUACUGUAAGCUACAGUAAAUCACUUAAUACUCUUAAAAGGAGCUUCCCUGUUAAUAAAAUGGUGCCGUAAUGAAAGGUGCUGCACAUGGAUUACUGUAAUUACAGUGUAUAUGAUCAGAAUGGGUUUCAGCAGCAUGUAACAAAUGUGAAGUAUGACUUUGCAGUGUUAACGCCAAUGUUGUGUGAAUGGGAGCUGGUAUUAUGUGUGCAAGAGAAAAUACAGUUUUCAUAAAAGCACUAAUAACA